GCAGUGCACCGCCACUUCAGCGUGAUCAGGCACCACUAAAACACACACACAUACACACACACACACACUCACUCUCACUCACUUUCUCCAACUCCAACGGCAACAGGACUCUAUUCUAGCCAGCCAGCCAUCUCCAUCUUCCUCCUCCUCCUCCUGCUCCUCCAUCUUCCUCCUCCGCGUCCAGAGGCAGCAGCAGCAGUAGCAGCAGCCAUGCAGAGUGAGAUCAAGAGCAAGGCGUUCUGGCGGGCCGUGCUGGCCGAGCUGGUGGGCAUGACCCUCUUCAUCUUCCUCAGCAUCACCGCCGCCAUCGGCAACAACCCCCUGGACGAGGUCAAGACGUGUCUGGCGUUCGGCCUGGCCAUCGCCACGCUGGCCCAGGCCCUGGGCCACAUCAGCGGCGCCCACCUCAACCCAGCCGUCACGCUGGGCAUGCUGGCCAGCUGCCAGAUCAGUGUGCUGCGCGCCGCCAUGUACAUCGUGGCCCAGAUGCUGGGCUCCACCGUGGCCAGUGGGAUCGUCUACGCGGUGCGGCCGGAGGGCAACAACAACCUGGGGCUCAACUCGCUCGCUGAUGGCGUGACCCCAAGUCAAGGUAUUGGCAUCGAACUGUUGGCUACCUUCCAGCUCGUCCUGUGUGUCAUAGCAGCCACAGAUAAAAGGCGGCGGGAUGUGACCGGCUCUGCCCCCUUGGCCAUUGGGCUCUCCGUUGCUCUGGGACACUUGACAGCCAUAAGCUUCACUGGGUGUGGCAUCAACCCAGCACGCUCUUUUGGACCCGCUGUCAUUCUGGUCAAUUUCACCAAUCACUGGGUGUACUGGGUGGGGCCAAUGUGUGGGGGCGUGGCUGCUGCCCUGGUGUAUGACUUCCUGCUGUAUCCCAAGAUGGACGACUUCCCCGACCGCAUGAAGGUGCUGGUCAGCGGGCCGACCAAAGACUAUGACGUCAACGGAGUCGAGGACGCCUCACGCGUUGAGAUGUCGUCAAAGUGAAAGCUGGCAAACCCUUCCUUGCAUUUCAUGUACAGUCUCUCUAAGUGAUUAUGAACGCACACGAAGAGUGUUUCUAUUUCAACAAAAUAGCUUUUCUACUUCGACUGGAAGAGUUUUUUAAAUGGGUUUUUGGCGCAGAAUAUGCACACUACAUUCCGAAUGUUUGCUUGGGAAUUUGUGAAAGCCUAUUAAACAAGGCACAUUUGCUACAGAUACAGAUUUGUUACACAUUUGUAAAGAUAACUUUGUAUUGUGUCGAUGAGUGGGCUCCAACAUCAGUAUUUUAGAUGUAGAAUCACAUAUUUUUGUAAACUAUUUUCUAUGUAAAUGUUUUAUUGUAUCAUUUUAUAUUUGUACUCUUGUGUGCACUGCACAAUUAUUCCUUGUCUUCACUUUUGUAAGUAAAGAAGAACACAUGUGUUGGGUAUCUAACAGCUAAGUAUCUUCCACUUGUUAUUGGAAAUUGCUACCCCUUCUUAUUGAAAAUAAAAGUGUUAUACAGAUUCUC